UGAGUAGCCAAUGUUAUCUGGGAAAGUUGGACAAAUAAUACAUGGCGAACGAGAAAGAAAGUGAUCUGAUAAACCUGUGAAUAGGAUCAGGAAAUAGUAAGGAGCCUGUCUGAUGGAAGGUCACAUGCGUGAUGUUUGUGUCCUCGAAGAAGAGGUCGUCUAUGAUCAGUCCCAGUUUGGCCUUCUAAACAGCCAAAUUGAUGACAGCAGUGUAUCUCCUGCCCUUCUCAAUGAUCCACCACGUAGUAACAAACCUGUAAACAAAUGGGGUAAAUUGGCAAGAACAGCAGCUCUAUGUGGGGCUUAUAUAUCUCUUGGUCUAUGUAUGUCUGUCACUGGACCCACGUUAUUGUACUUGAAAGAUCAAGUCGGAUCUACCAUUUCAGAAAUAUCUUAUAUCUUCACUGUUCGUUCCAUUGGAACUUUAGGGGGUGCUUUCCUUGGUAGCAUAUUGCUUGACAGAUGUAAUCCAUAUUCAGCAUUUUUUGUGGUUAUUGCAAUGAUGGCUAUAAGUGUUGGAUCUAUGCCAUGGUGCAAACAUAUCUGGAUGCUGAUGGCUUCUUCAUUUGUGGUUGGGAUGGGCAAUGGAUUAUUGGAUACUGGAGCUAGCACUCUUUGUCUUCAGUUAUGGGGAAAAGAUUCAGGCCCUUACAUGCAGGCAUUGCACUUCUCCUUUGCCGUCGGCGGAUCCAUUGCACCUUUACUCGUGCAAGCUUUCAUCGUUGAAACUACUGCCCGUAACAAUACCAUGUCAUCCCGUCAUGUUCGUUCUGUUACCCACCCACUCAAUGUGAGUGAAUUAGAAGAUGAAAUGACGACAGUGGAAUCAAUCAUUAAAGCCAUAAGCGAGCCCCCAGUCUUAAAGUCAAACCUUUCGUCGAAUUCAACCACUCCCACGCUCAAUCCAAAUAAUGCUAUGAACAAUUCAGCUCCAGAAACUACGUCCACCACGACACCAGAUCCAACCGUUUCUCAGAAUCAGACUACAUUGGCGGUAGACAAACCGAAGAAGCCGAAACCAGCUGUCAUUAAUGGGCAAAUUCUAGGCCCUUCUAGCCAAUAUGAUAACGUCCCCCUAAAAAUAGAAACUCCUCCACCCGAAGAAAUCGUUGUGGCUACUACGACUACUGCAUCGAAUGAAAGCCAAACUACAACCACUACUACACCUUCGAACGUUGUAGCCGUUUCGAAUGAUACCGCAGUAGCUCAAAAUUCAAGUGUGAUCGAAAAACCGACUAUGAUACUCAAACAACUCAAUGAAACGGAAGAAUUGAAUGGCAAUCGCAGUUUGAGCAAUACUACAACUGGCUCGCUUGAGAGUGAAUUGAAGAUCACCGGAAAUGUUACCACACUGUCAAUGACAAUUCCAAAUACUAGCACAGCAGCAUCCACUGUAACUGACGCUCCUCCUUCUACCGUGACAACUGUUACGAUAGCGUCCAAGUCGACCGGUGCCGGUGAAUCUCAGCAUGACGAAUUACUAUUUGGCAAUAUAACGAUAGAUGCUGGUGAAACAACAUUCCCUGCCACAACGAUUACAUCACCUACCACUCGCAUUUCAAUAACGUCAACCACGUCUCUACCCACCGCUCUCCUUUCAAGUUCAACUGAGACAACGUCAUCAUUCCUUACUGUAGUGCAAUCCAUACCCAUCGAAAACGUAACACUGCCCAUUCCAGUUGUCACUAUACUGCCCGUAGAUCCGGCUGAACCUUCAAUCGUCAAAAGUCGUGGAAAGUACAGAGGUCAACAAGACGGGGUCAGCUUAGCAGUGCCUUCGUCUCAAGUCGUAACCAAUGAGCCUGACGGAAUCAUAACAAGCACCACUACCACACCAGCGGUCAGCGAGGGCACCGUUAUUAUUGAUCGGGCCCCCACAAAGGUUGCUGAUUAUCUGGAGCGCUUUGGUGUUACGCGGAUGCAUAUGUUGUAUACCGUUAUCGCCAUCAUAGUCUUGCACACAGCCUUUUUUUUCCUCUUCUUUUUGUGUUCUGGCACCCGGAGCUCUACCGCCGAACGUCAGACGUCAGAUCGGAGGAUUAAGGCCUUGCGACCGGUUGCCAAACGAUCCUUCGUGGUACUGAUGUUCUCGUUUUAUCUGAUGUACGUUGGCUCGGAGGUCGUGUUCGCUCAGUUUCUUACUACGUUUGCACUGGAAAGCCCACUCAAACUAGCAACUUCAACGGCCAAUUACAUCACCACCACUUUUUGGGCAUCCUUUGCCGCUGCACGAUUUGUUGCAAUAUUCGUUGCGCAUUUUACCAAUCCCACAAUCAUGUUGAUUUUCAACUUGUGUUGUACUGCGAUGGGCUCCAUGACUCUCUGCAUAGCUGGACAAACAGACGUCUCGAUUCUGUACGUCGGUUCAGCUUUGGUAGGCAUCGGAAUGGCGUCUACGUUUGCAACGGGCUUCUUGUGGACAGAAACACACCUUCUUGUUACUAACCGGAUCUCAGCCGCAUUUUCCAUUGCAUCCUCGAUGGGAGAGAUGAUAUUCCCAACGGUAACCGGUGCUUUUAUCGAAUCGAAACCCAUGUCCCUGAUGUACAUUGUUUUGGGAUGUACGCUUUUAAUGACAGCAAUCUUUUUUGUGGCUUGGCAUCUGACUAAAGGCAAAGGAAGAGGCUUCCACAAGAGUAGCAAGGGCUACCAAUUGGCCCGUCAAGCAGAAGAUGAAUCUUUGCAAAACUAAUUUGCUGGAUUUCAUUUAAUGUUUGGGUAAAGGAAAA